AUUUUAAUAAAUAACUCUUAAAUGCACAUUAACCACAAAUAUUGUUUUGAAAAUAGCAUAAUUUAAUUAGAAUGAUAUAAAUUAUGCAUACAUAUGUAUAUUCAUAGAAAUACGCAAAAUGAUAAUCACAUCAAUUAACAUGAUGGCAUGUGAGCAUAUAAAAAUAUAAGCAAAAGGCCAACAUACGUCUGUAAUAGCAAUGCAUGUUUCUGAGCAUAAUUUUCAUUAAAUGCUCAGCUCUGUUCACGCGCCACUGUUAAGAUUUCUCCUUCUUAGCUAGCUGUGGUGAAAUGCACUCAUCGCAUUUUGUUAGCUUUUGACAGUUUACACGCCUGUCCGUUGUUGGACCUUCUCUAUAAAUUUACGUUCUCUGGUUUCGCUGUUCUCGAGCCUUAGCGUUACUAACAAACAAGCAUUCAUUUUUACUUACAUAUGUACACUCAGCCCUUUUUUUACGCGAUCUCUUUUUACCCUAUUUCACUCUAAAGCUUAGUACGCAGCUCCCAAGAAACGUAAAAACUUCAUAUAAAAGAACGCUUAAGAAACUGUCAAGAAGCUUUCCUGCGAUAAAUGUACUUGUGCUAGUACGCAGCUCUCAAGAAAUCUAGUACUAAUUUUUGAUACUUUUUUUCAGUAAAAUGUGAAUAUGGCAAACCUCUUUUUGCGAAGAAACAUCAAAUCAACAAUUGUUUCUUGAAAGAAAGUGACAUUUGCGUACGAAUAAAGUGAAGUUUAUAAUUAUUUAUAUUGUUUUAAAAUUUAAAAAAAUGGAUGCAAAUUUAAAAAAUGAUGGCUCAUUGAAACGCAAAAAUCGCAUGCUGAAUUUCACAACGCUGGAGAAGCGCCAACUUGUGAAUUGCGUUAAGGAGUGGCCCAGGAUCUGGGAUAUUAGCAACACAUUGCAUUGUAAUAAGAAUGCAGUAAAUCAAUCCUGGCUCCACAUAAGCAAUGCCCUUGAUAAAAGUGUGGAUGAGUGCAAAUCAGCGUGGAUUAGUAUGCGCGAAAGCUAUCGCUACCAUGCUAGGAUAGCUAAUAAGAACAAAAGUGGCAGCGAUGGUGGGGAAGUUUUGGAAACUCCAUCCUUUUCAGAAAACGUUGAUUGGGAGUUUGCGGAGGAAAUGUCAUUUUUGAUGAAUGUUUCCCACAAACGGAAAACUUUCACAACUCCAGUAUCUUUCGGAGAAGAUUCGCAUGCAUCACCAAUACAUAUCGGCGAGGAUUCUAAUGUGUCACAAACAAGUGCAACCGACUCACAGCAAUCAUACGAUUAUAACCCAACACCCACGAAACGAAGACGGCGAUUAACCUCUCCCAGCAAAAAUCAAGCGUGGAGUCGGUUUGAUAACAUACUCAAGAAGCAAGAGGAAAUGUUGGAAAGUCGCUCAAAUACCACACGCAGCUCCCCUUACGCACAAGCUCUUUCUAGUUUUGAUUGGUUGUUAAAUCAACUGCCUCGAUCUGUUGGCGACGACAUGUGUCUUUCCAUAAAUCUAAUGCUACUGAAAAAGGUUGAAGAACAUAAAAAUAAAAACAGAAGCAACGAUGAAUAACAUUUUUUUGUAAAAAUUUAUAUUAAUAAUAAAAAUUUUGUACUAAAAAGAAAAUAACUAUUUAUAUUAA